AUGGCAGACACCUACGAUUCCACCGCCGCGACCGAAAAGAUGUCGGUACACUCGGAUUCAGAUUCGUCCUCUGAUCGAUCGAUACCUGUCCCUAUCGUGACCCGGGAUAUCGACCUCGAAAAGACAAACAGCACAGCUUCCCAGCGGACGACGCGGAGUGGCCGUUUAGAUCGAGUCCCUACGACAGCUCAAGACUGGGAUGGCGCGAAUGACCCAGAAAAUCCAAUCAAUUGGCCCCUCGCCAUAAAAAUUUAUCAUACUUUGAUCCCAGCCUUACAAUGUUUUACGAUCACUUUCGGCUCCUCUGUCUACACCCCUAGUGUCCAUGAAAUUUCCCACCAUUUUGGCGUAAGCAACACUGCCGCCAUCCUCCCUCUGACCGUUUACGUGCUUGGUCUCGGAUGCGGGCCUAUCCUCAGCGCGCCUCUCUCCGAGACAUACGGCCGGCGCUCCGUCUACCUAAUAUUCUUUCCCCCCUCUCUCCUCUUCACGCUCGGCGCAGGAUUUUCACAUUCCUUUAGCUCUUUCGUCGUCUGCCGCCUCUUCGCUGGCCUCCUCGGCUCAGGUUGUUUGGCGGUUGGAGCAGGCACCAACUCCGACCUCUUCGCACACCUCGACCGCGCAAUCGCCAGCGCUGUAUUCUUGAUGGCGCCGUUCUUGGGUCCCGCCCUCGGUCCCGCCCUUGGCGGCUACGUCGCCAUGAAAAAGUCCUGGCGCUGGACUCAAUGGCUGAUCCUCUUCUGGGGGGUCAUCGCCUACGCGGUCUCCAUUCCCCAGAAAGAAACGUACAAGAAAAUCAUCCUAAAGAAUCGCGCGAAGAAACUCGGUUUGCAGUCGCCUCCUAACCCACUACCUCCAGGCAUGUCGAAGUUGCGCUUUAUUCUGAUUGUCACCAUCCUCCGCCCAUUGAGGAUGUUAAUCACGGAAUCGAUCGUUGCGUUUUUCAGCAUGUACACGGCUUUCAACUUUAGUGUGCUGUUCGGGUUUUUCGCUGCCUUCCCUAUCGUGUUCCAGUCCCCGUAUCCAGAGAUUCAAAUCUACCAUUUCAACACGGGCGAAUCGGGUUUGGUUUUCCUAGGCAUUGGGAUCGGGGUUGUCUCCGCGACUGUGAUCUUCAUCGUCCUGGACAGAUUGACCUAUCGCAAGAAGACGUACAAGAAACAGGCUCAGGGUGACUUCACACCUCUUCCGCCUGAAGAGAGACUCUGGGCUGCGAUGCUGGGCUCGUUCCUGCUUCCCCUCGGCUUGUUCUGGUUCGCGUGGUCCUCGAGGAAGGAUGUCCAUUGGAUCUCGUCGAUUCUUGCCACUAUCCCUUUUGGUAUUGGCAAUCUGCUUGUCUUUUGCUCAUGUGUUUUGUAUCUGAUCGAUACGUAUGGUCCGUUGGCGGGCGCUAGCGCAGCAGCUGCGAACGGACUGCUGAGAUAUGUUAUUGGUGCGGUGUUCCCGUUGUUCACGGUGCAGAUGUACCGCGGCAUGGGCGUCGGUUGGGCCACCAGCCUCCUCGGCUUCGUCACCAUCGCUCUCCUACCUAUUCCUUGGGUCUUAUACAAGUUCGGCCCAAAGAUCAGACAGCGCAGCGCUUAUACUCAUUGA